GUCACUUUGACAAGUCGUACGAUCGGUUAUCCUUUUCAUCGAUCCCGAAUAAUCUGUUUCGGAUCCCACUGGCAUAUAAAGCCAGCACGAUCAUGGUGCUUGCAACGUGUUUUUCAUCCAUAUCCACAUUUUUUAUCUCCCAUCACCAACUCAUCGUCUUUCCUGUAAAAUGCCUGCUCACGAAGCUGUAAUUGUUGCUGCGUCCCGUACGCCUGUCGGGUCCUUGUAUGGAUCACUCAAGACUUUGACUGCUCCCCAACUUGGCGCUGUCGCUCUCAAGCAUGCUUUCGAGCAGUCAAGCGUUGAUCCCUCAGUAGUUGAGGAGCUCUACUUCGGCAAUGUCGUCCAGGCUGGUGUUGGUCAAUCACCCGCACGUCAAGUAGCACUCGCUGGUGGCAUGAAAUCCGCAUCUGACGCUACGACUAUCAACAAAGUCUGUGCUAGCGGCAUGAAGUCGAUCAUGCUUGCUGCCCAGAGCAUAGAAUCCGGCUACAAGACCGUAGUUGCCGCCGGUGGUAUGGAGAGUAUGAGCAACGCUCCUUUCCUGCUUCCCCGCACGAACCCUUUGUUCGGCAAAUUCGAAACCAAGGACUCCGUUGAAACCGACGGUCUCUGGGAUGUCUCCAACAACUUCGCCAUGGGUAACUGUGCCGAGGCUGUCGCAGUGAAGUACGAAAUCACCCGAGAGUCACUCGAUGAGCACGCAAUCGAGUCGUACAAACGCGCUGAUCGUGCAUGGAAAGCGGGUGCAUUCAAUGCCGAGAUAGCGCCUGUCACGAUCAAGGGCAAGAAGGGCGACACCGUGGUCAAGGAAGAUGAGGAGUACAAGAAAGUCAUCUUCGAAAAGGUCCCCUCCCUCAAGUCAGCGUUCAAAGCAGGGGGUUGCAUCACUGCUGCCAACUCUUCAAACCUCAACGAUGGCGCCUCUGCUCUGAUAUUGAUGUCAGCAGAGAAAGCAAGGGAGCUCGGCGUAAAACCUCUCGCCAGAGUGGUUUCAUAUGCAGAUGCGGGUGUUGAGCCCAUUGACUUCCCCAUGGCUCCUGCUGUCGCUCUCCCAGAAGCACUUAGGAGAGCAAACCUGACCGUCGAUGACAUCGCACGUUUCGAGGUCAACGAAGCUUUCUCGGUUGUCGUCCGUGUCGCUGAAAAGCUCCUACAACUGGAUCCUGCAAAGGUCAACAUCGAUGGUGGCGCUGUCGCACUUGGCCAUGCGAUCGGAAACUCGGGCUCUCGCAUUGUGGUGUCCCUCGUCCAUGGCCUAAAAUCUGGCGAGUACGGUGCAGCAGGCAUCUGCAACGGGGGUGGAGCUGCUUCUGCCAUCGUUAUUCAAAAACUAUAGUUGUUGUAACACCUUUAUACUUUGUUUGUUUCUGGACGACGUACGAGCAACCCAUCUAUACUGUAUCUGUAUUUUCCCAAUAGAACACAUCAAAUUUCAAGCUUUGCAU